AAAGGCCCGCCAUGGACCACAAACAUCACACUCACUCUCGAUUCAUCCAUUGCAAACAAACACAAGCACAUUCGGUAGAUCAUGAGGUUAUUUAUCGUGCUCAGUGCAGCUCUUUGCGUGGCGGCGGCUCAACAGGGCUACCCUCGUGGUGGACAGCAAGGAUACUCCAGUGGCUAUCCUUCUGGUGGACCCUCCAAUGGCAACAGUUUUGGCUCAACCAACUCUCUGAACGACCAAGAAUUUAAUGGAUAUCCCGAUCGCGUGGGAGAGGGCGAAGGCGAGGAAGUUGGCUCGAUUCCCGGCCGUCCCGGCGAGGACUACCCCAUUUACGACACUGUUCCUGAAACCUCCUUCAAAUGUGAAAACCAGGAGUUCCCCGGAUACUACGCUGACCCCGAAGCUCAAUGCCAGGCUUUCCACAUCUGCCACUCUGAAAGCAGGACCGACAGCUUCUUGUGCCCCAACGGAACCCUGUUCAACCAGAAAUACCUCGUGUGCGACUGGUACUUCAAUGUCGACUGCACGCAGGCCGAGAGCUUGUGGCGCGAAACCAACGAGGCCGUCGUCAACGCCAUGAAGGAGGCCGACGAGCGCAUCGCCCGCGAACGCGCUUCUCAGCAGGGAGGAUACGACCGCAACGCUCAGAGCAUCUCCAACGACCAGGGCUACCAGUACAGGCCCAGCAACGGCAACGGCAAUGGCAACCGUGGAUACUCGAACGGAGGCUCCCGCACCCCCAGUAACACCUUCAGCGCCCCCCAGAACGGCAACGGCCUGACCGCCCCCAGCGCCUCCUUCAACGCACCCGCCAGCGGCAACGGCCUGACCGCCCCCAGCGCCUCCUACAACGCACCCGCCACCGGCAACGGCCAGCGCAAUGGACAGCGUAACGGCAAUGGUCAGCGCAACGGAAACGGAAGCCCCAGCCGCACCUACGGAGCCCCCUCAGCCGGCCGUGGUAAUGGAAACGGAAACGGCAACGGACGCGGCUCAACCGCCAUCCGCACCGGUCCCGGAUUCGCCUCUGCCAGCGCCAGCAUCUCUAACGGCAACUCUCGCAAUGGUGGUGCCCCCAGCCAGCGUUACGGACCCCCCUCCAGCGGCAACGGCGCCAGGACCCCCAGCCAGACCUACGGAACCCCCCAGCGCAAUGGCAACGGUAAUGGCUACUCCAACGGCAAUGGAUACUCCAGCGGCAGCGGCUACUCUAACAGCAACAACCGCAACGGCAACACCCCCAGCACCCAGUACGGAGUCCCCAGCGGCGAGGACAGUUUCGGCUCGUCGCCCAGCACCCAGUACGGUGCUCCCAGCCGCCGCCCCGUUAACGCACUGGCCGAUCCCCUCACCGAUUACGAUCCCGCGUCCAACGCCGGCAACUCUUUCGGUGGAUCGGGAAGCGACUUCUCCGCUCCCAGCGCUCAGUACGGAGCCCCCGACCGCUCCUACCUGCCCCCGUCCAAAUAAACAUGCGCCUGAUUCCAUGUUUGUUGUACAUAACGAAUGUAUUAAAUUAUUGAACUCAAAGUAAAUAA